UAUACAGGAGCCAAGUCAAUCUGUAACUUACAUUUAAGACAAAGCCACCUGCGGACAAGAGAAAUGGCUUUCGCUAAGUUGUUUAAGAGGCAGAGGUUGAGGAUCACAUCACUCCUCCUCAUGGGUAUGUUCCUUACCUUUGUCCUUUGGGAAACUGGCUCCAACAGGCACUCAUUGCCUGAUAUGAGAAUACCACAGCAGUUCUCUGUGGACAUGCCUGGCUGCUUGGCUAUCAUCAGUGGAAAUGUGGACGGUAAGAAAGAUGAUUUAGAAGUGCUUCUGGGAUCCAGGAAAAGACAGAAACCUUUAUCGGAGGACUUCUACUUGAACGUGACAAAGGACUGUCCAUCUUACAUUGACAAGAGAGGUUUCAUCACAGAGCCUCUCAGUGAAGAGGAGAAGGAUUUUCCCAUCGCCUACUCCAUGGUGAUCCAUGACAAGAUUGAGAUGUUUGAGCGACUUCUACGAACUGUUUACACUCCUCAGAACGUCUACUGUGUGCAUGUGGACCAGAAAUCCUCUAAAGAAUUUCAGAAGGCUGUGGAGGCAAUCGUUUCCUGCUUUCCUAAUGUGUUUAUUGCCAGUAAAUUAGAAAGAGUCGUCUAUGCCUCAUGGUCCCGAGUGCAGGCAGAUUUGAACUGCAUGAAAGAUCUGCUGGACUCAAACGUCCAGUGGAGGUACCUGCUGAACACCUGUGGGACAGACUUCCCCAUCAAAACCAAUGAAGAGAUGGUUCAGGCACUGAAGGUCCUCAAUGGGAAAAACAGCAUGGAGACGGAGGCCACAAAUGACCACAAGAAAACCCGCUGGCUGUAUCACUACAAUGUAACGGACUCUGUAGUAAGGACGGAUAUAAAGAAAAGUCCUCCACCCAUUAGCAGCCCAAUGUUCACAGGAAAUGCUUACUUUGUGGUCACGAGAGCCUUUGUGAAACAUGUGAUGCAGGACAGAGAGGUUCAGCAACUCUUGGAGUGGGAGAAAGACACAUUCAGCCCUGAUGAGCACUUGUGGGCCACCCUACAGAGGAUGCCCUCUGUUCCUGGAUCAAUGCCUGCCAACGACAAGUACGACGUGUCGGACAUGCAAGCCCUCGCUCGUGUGGUGAAGUGGGGCUAUUUAGCAGGAGAUGUGAAAAAAGGAGCCCCGUAUUAUCCUUGCACUGGCACAUAUAGAAGAUCAGUUUGUGUGUACGGAGCUGGGGACCUCCCGUGGCUCCUGGGACAACACCACCUCUUUGCAAAUAAGAUGGACCCUGAGGUUGAUGAUAUUGCUAUUAGAUGUAUGGAGUCAGUUCUGCGUUUCAAAGCUUUAGGCCAUGACCCACUGUUAAGGGAUGAAUACUCCACUAUUUAAAGCUGAUAAUCAUUUGAAAUGUGAAAUAUAGAUCGUCUCAUUGACAUGCUGUUGCUGAGGUCACAGCUUUAGUCACCGUUUACUUCCUAUCAGGUAUCAAGGAAACUACAAGUUUAACAAUUAUUCGUUUUUUUGUUUUUGUUUUUUAAAGUUACCUUGUCAGCUAUUGCACAACAGUCAAACAGAAAAUAUAUUUGUGUGUUUACAUUGUCAAGUUUGAACUGGUCUAUAAUGUAUUAGAUAUGUUAACAUUUUAUAGAUAAUAAUGGGUAAAUAUAUUCUAGCAAUCAUAUUCAUGUAUUCUAUAUUUAUUGUUAUGGGUUUUAUAUAUAUUAAAAUAUAAAAUGUGAGAAAGUGUAAAAUGUGUGAAAUAAUAUAUAUAUAUAUAUAUAUAUAUAUAUAUAAAAGCAACCAUAUUAAUGUAUUAUUUAUGUCUCUUAAUGACAUUUUUAUAAAUUAUUCUGUGGCUGUUGUUAGUAUAGUGUUGUGAUCUUCUGUAUUCUCUUAUAUGUUUUUAACAUUUUUAUAUUAUUGUCAAGUUAUUAAUAUGGAUGUUGUAAUUUCUGAUAAUACUCCUGUCCUUUAUUCAUGAUUUCAAUUUAAUCUGUAUUUGUGAUGCCAUCUAGUGGACUGUAAGUGGAAGGUGUACUUGCUUUGUAGUUUGGUAUUUAUUAUGUGAAUGUUGAAUAUUUCUUUUGUAACCACUAGAAAACUGUGACCAAAUGUUAUAAAAAAAAACCCCAAAACAAAACAAUGAUGUGGAUCCAUGACUUUACUUGGAGAAAAUGUUACAUUAAGACCUAACAUCUUUGCUUCAGAUUGUUGCUCUCACAAAUGUUUCCCCUCCACGAGUCAGAGGGCACAUUCAGGUGAGAGGUAAAACAUUAAACAAUAUUCCCCCCAGGCAGGAUUUUGAUAGAGAUCGUCAGCAGUGAACAGUGAAAAAAAAAAAAAAAGGUGCUGUCAAAAACUUGUUCUAUGAAAUGCCACUCGACUGGUCAGGAACCUAAAAUGCAGUUUAAAAAUCAGAGCAACCAUAAAAAUAUAUUAAUUUCUCUCCUUUGUCACCUUUUGAAUAUAAAUAUAUAUUUAAAUGUAAUAAAGCAGAACAUGCAUCAACCAUUUGUAACAGAGUGCCUUAAAUAACGUGUAGAUUACACCAGUAACUAGGGAACACCAAUAAGUAACUAAGUUUGACAUGAUAUACCAGCAGUAGAUAAAAAAAUUAAAGAAAAAGAAAAGAUUAAAAACAUUUCAGCCAGCAUUUGGGAAAAAAACGCUGAAGAUCAAGCUUGUAAAAAGUUCCACAAUGUAACAGGCAGCACAGUUUCAAAAAGGCACUUUCUUGAUGCGAAGCGCUUCAGUCACGUUGUCCAGAACAUAAACAUAAAGAGUGGCUGCUGGAAAAUAUUCUCCGCCUCCACAUCUUGCAGUGCGAGCAGGGUCACUCUGGAACAGCAGCAGCUGCGACCUCCACUUUGCCGUGCAUGUCCUGGUCGAUUCUGCGGACAGAUUCGACAGCCGUCAGACAUCUGUGUGACUGGGGUGCCGUCCAACAGGGCUAUGAUAACUAAUGAUCAAAGCACCAACAGGCUACUACACUGCUUAUUAACACUUUGUUCACAUAUUCAUAUCCUGCUAUGUAAUCAUUACCUUUACACCACUACAAAGGGAUUUCUUAGAGUGAGAGAGCAUUUCUAUUUCUUUGUUUUUUACUUACCAGAUGUUCAGCAUACUUCACUAACUGGAUACAAAUUCUGCCUAAUAUGAUCCAUGCUCUUUUUACUGACAGCACUGUAAACAUUUGGGCAAUACAAACCACCAAUAUCAGUUGUAUUAUUAUGAGGUUAUUACUUCCCUUGAAACCUUGCAAGACAAACGCACUACUGUGUAAUUGUAAUAUGUAGUGAAGAAGCCCUGAAUCAAUGUCAGAGAACAGGCUGCGUUCAUUAUCUGCAGCACAGAUAAGUGCAACCUUUGUGCUUAAAAUGUGCAAUUUUUCCAUGUCGAUGUGUGAGGUUUCAGUGCAUUUGUCUUGCAAGUUUGCCGCUCAACUUCAUGCACCCAGCAAGAGAAGUGCAACUAGUUGUAGCAGUGUUGUAAACGCAAUACCGAGUCUCCUCUACAACCCCGUGGUUAUUACUUUUCUAAUCUUCUAACAUGCCACGACGUAUCUGCAGCUUAAUAACCUCACGCCCACUACUUCUCAGUAAUGAGCAGAAGAUUUCUGUGUGCAUGAGCCAGGCUGACAGAAGGUUUGUGGCGAUUGCUAAACAUCAGCAGGGAGUGGGUUUGCAGUGAGUCAUGCAAAGAGCUGUGAGAGUGGACAAGCCGAGUGUUCAGUGAGGGCGAGUUACUGAAUUGGGGGGGGGGGGGGGGGUGUACCAUGUGAGGACAUGGUUACGGUGCAACCACAAAACCACAGUGACUAGGACAGCCUACUUCCCUGUUGUUCCACAAACAUGAACACACUUACCCAACAUCAACCACAUCACAUUCUAAACCUGGUUUUUAAAGAGACACAUGCAGGUAAGUGCCACUUGAUGCCCCAACUUUGGUAUCAGAAAUCAGAAAUGCAAUAAUUUAUCUUAAAACUAUUCUAAAUUGUUCUUCACAUAAAUUAAUAAUUCAGCAUCACAUUGAAGACAGUACCUGGGCUAUAAAAUGGGCUACACAGGUACAUUUAAAACCACAUUCAGAUAGCUGAUAUUAUUGUGAGAUGAUAAAUAGAGAACAAAUUUAACAAGAGUUGACUUCGAAAUGAACUUCACAGAAUUGGCUCAGAAAUGGGAUUCAGUUGGUUAAACAAUCACCAAGCCACCUAUUUUUGGAAACCAAUCAACCAGCUCCUCAGCCUGCUUUGAAGAGAACAUCCGAAAUCUACUGAGAGGGAAAUGUGGGACAUUUUGGAAGAGGAAAGUUGCUGAUUUCGGCCAGAAGGUAAUCAUCCGACUAAUGACACGUGGGACACAAUGAGGUGUAUUGGUGCAUUUCUGAAAGCCAAUGGAUCAUUUCCUUGUUAGUUUUGUGAAAUGCAAAACAAAACAAAAGAAAACCAAAAAAAGGCUGAGACUGACCCUGGGUGAAAGUGCAUAUACCUUUUACGGCUUUUCCUAUUUUUUUCGUCGUCAAACCUUAAGAAGGGGGGGGGCAGGG